AGUGCGGCGCGGGGCGGGGCGGGACUGUGCGCCUGGCAGCUGGCUGCGUCCUCCUGCUAGCGCUGGAGAGGGGCUGGAGGCGGGGCGGGGGCGCGGCUCGAGGCAUCCCUGCAGGGCGCUCCUCCGAGUCCCUCGGCGCUCCAAGCCCACAGGGAAGAAGGAGGGGCCAGCGUCAGUGACGUCAGCGACACUGAGGUGAGCGUGGGCGUCGCCGGUGGUGCUCCAUCAGUGCCUAUGGAUUAUGGCAGGAAAAGUAAAAUGGGUCACUGAUAUCGAGAAGUCAGUGCUGAUCAAUAACUUUGAAAAGAGAGGAUGGGUCCAAGUGACAGAAAACGAGGACUGGAAUUUUUACUGGAUGAGUGUGCAAACCAUCCGAAAUGUGUUCAGCGUCGAAACUGGAUAUCGGCUCUCAGAUGACCAAAUAGUCAACCAUUUUCCAAACCACUAUGAACUGACCCGGAAGGACCUGAUGGUGAAGAACAUCAAAAGAUACAGGAAGGAGCUGGAGAAAGAAGGGGAUGAAAAUGGAAAAUACCUCUAUCUGGACUUUGUUCCUGUCACCUAUAUGCUGCCUGCUGACUACAACCUGUUUGUAGAGGAGUUCCGGAAGAGCCCGUCCAGCACCUGGAUCAUGAAGCCUUGUGGCAAGGCCCAGGGAAAGGGCAUCUUCCUUAUCAACAAGCUCUCACAGAUCAAAAAGUGGUCCCGGGACAGCAAGACGUCUUCGUCUACAUUCCCACCUAGGUAUAAGCUUGGGUUUUGCCGGUUUUGCACAGUGAAAUACACCCCGAGUACCAGUGAGCUGGACAACAUGUUCGUUCAUCUCACCAACGUCGCCAUCCAGAAACAUGGGGAGGACUACAACCACAUCCAUGGGGGCAAGUGGACAGUGAGCAACCUGCGGCUGUACCUGGAGAGCACCCGCGGCAAGGAGGUGACCAGCAAGCUGUUCGACGAGAUCCAUUGGAUCAUCGUGCAGUCCUUGAAGGCUGUGGCGCCGGUGAUGAACAAUGACAAGCACUGCUUUGAAUGCUAUGGCUAUGACAUCAUCAUUGACGACAAGCUGAAGCCCUGGCUGAUCGAGGUGAACGCAUCCCCGUCUCUCACGUCCAGCACUGCCAACGAUCGCAUCCUCAAGUAUAACCUGAUUAAUGACACCCUCAACAUCGCCGUCCCGAACGGUGAAAUCCCAGACUGCAAAUGGAACAAGUCGCCCCCAAAGGAAGUCCUCGGCAAUUACGAGAUUCUGUACGAUGAAGAACUGGCCCAGGGUGAUGGGGCCGACCGGGAGCUGAGAAGUCGUCAGGGCCAGUCUCUGGGGCCCAGAGCAGGCCGAUCCAGAGACUCGGGGAGAGCCGCCCUUACCACCUGGAAGUGACUCCCACCCGGACCUUAUCAAAACUACUCACUCUACCCGGGCCCCUGCUGAAGCCCUAUUUUGAAAUUUCCCUUUUCUAGAGCUUUUUUCCUUUCCUAAGCCCUGUAAAUAAAUGAAGGCACUUCUUUGGAAGGUU